GAUGAAAAGACAGGAGGCAGAGCUGGAGGUGGCAGAGUUGAAGAUGCUGAGAUUUUCACUGGGAGUGACAAAGAAGGACAGGAUUAGGAAUGAUUAUAUUAGAGGGACUGCUCAAGUUGGAUAGUUUGGAGACAAAGCAAGAGAGACAAGAUUUAGAUGGCUUGGGCAUGUGUAAGGUUGCCAUAAAUAUUCUUUGUUCAAUCUAAUUAAAAAACUACUGAUUCUCUCAGCAUCAUGGUGAAGGGACAUCAGCUGCUUUUGUUCUUCAUUCUUUGUCUUUGCAGUCAUGCAGUGAGUGAAGGUCUGUCAAGCAAGCAAGUCACCUUCCCAGACGGUCCAGAUGCCCCUCGUGUUGUUCUUCACACCAGUGUGCAGACGAUUUCAGCCAUGACUUUGUGCCAGAGGUUUUUUUCAGAUCUCCCUCGCUACCAGUCCCUUUUUUCUCUGGCAACUCGGCAAAAUUCAAACGCUGUUCUCUUGGGCAGGGAAUCAGCUGGUUCAUAUAGUAUGUAUUUAGGAUCAGCUUAUUAUGUUAUCUCGGGUUUACCAGAAAAGCAGUUUGAAUGGAAUUCAAUCUGCUGGACCUGGAGCACAAACACAGGGCUGAGCCAGGUGUGGUUGAAUGGAAAGCGCACUGUCCAGAAACGUCUUACCGCUUCUGUUCUAACUGGGGAUCUAAGUAUAAUUCUAGGCCAAGAACAAGACAGUUUUGGUGGUGCAUUUGAUUCUAAGCAGUCCUUUGAGGGAGACAUUACAGAUGUCCACGUCUGGGACUCUGUGUUACCUGCAUGUCAAAUCAGUUCUUAUAUGAACGGCAUUAUCUCGACUCCAGGAAAUAUUCUCAACUGGGAGGCCGUAAAAUAUGGCAUAGAGGGCUCGGUGUUUGUGCAUGAAUCUGAUUUUUCCUGUUCUAGCUGAACAUGUAGACAGACAGGACAAAAGGGUAAUGUAUUGAAAAAAGCAUGGAUCCCUUUUCUUCAUGUAAAACAAAGCCUAUUAAAAAGCAUUUCUUAUAAGCA